AUGUAUCCACAACAGCCACUCGAAUGGAGUAUCUAUCCAGGUCAGGUAAUUCCAAAAAUUAGAUUUCAAAAAGUUUCCUACAAUGGAACUGAAAUAAUUAAUUAUUUACAAGAUCAAGUCAUACUAAAAGCAAGAAAUGAUGAUUCCAUUAUUCAUUCUGAUGUUUCUAAAAGUAGAAACGAAAUAAUUGGGUUGUCACUUUCCAUUUUCUCGAAUAGUUCAACAAAAAUUGAGGCAAUUUUGAUUUUUGAGAAUUAUUACAAAUUGAACGUCACUAUUCAUAUUUUGGAUUGUCCUGAUGGAUAUAAAUUGAAGCAACCAUUUUCGUAUGGAUAUAUCUGCAUCAAGAACGAUGUCCCAAUUUCCAAUGAUCUCAUUUUAAAAAUUGUCAUUCCUAUUGCGGUAGUUUCAGGAGUUUUUUUAACAUUAAUAUUUGGAUUAAUUCUACUAGUUACGAUCAAAGUAGUGAGAAAUAUUUAUUUGAAACUUCAAAUGUUGAAACGAAAGGUUAAGGCGGAGCAGACUUUGGAGUCUAAAAUUAUUGACAAGAAGGUGAUUUUCUCGGAUAUGAAAACUCCGUUGUUAAUUAAUGACAGUAUCGGAAGUAGCAGUGAUUACACCCCUUCAAUUGGUAAAACCCAAAAGAAGAGUUAUCAAUCUUUAAUUAUUCCGAUUGAGGACAUUGAAAUUGUGAAAAAAAUCGGAGAAGGAAGUAACGGAACGGUCUAUCAAGGAAAGUGGAAUAGCAAAGAUGUCGCCCUAAAAACACUUAAAUUCGAUGACAUUGAUAUGGGAGAAGAGUUUGAAAAAGAAGCCGCCAUGUUGAGCGUUGUCAAUCAUUCUUCGAUUGUCAAAAUGUAUGGAAUUUCUCUUUCUGGAUCUCACAAAUACAUUGUAGUGGAAUAUUUACCCAAAGGAAGUUUAGACAAGUUGAUUUAUGGAUGUAAAAUGAGGGUUGAAUUUUUGACUCUUCGUCAAAAAAUUAACAUUUUGCUUGGAGUUGCAAAUGGAAUGGCUUACUUGCAUUCCUUGAAACCACCCAUUGUUCAUCGAGAUUUAAAACCAGGAAAUAUUUUAAUUGAUGAAGAUUAUAACGCAAGAGUAUGUGAUUUUGGACUUUCGAAAAUUAUGGGAAAUAGUGCUGCUGCUACCAAACAUAUUGGAACUGUGUUUUAUAUGGCGAGAGAAAUGGUGGAUGACAAUCCAAAAUACACUCCCAAAAUCGAUGUCUACAGUUUUGCAAUUAUCAUGUGGGAAUUGUUUUUUGAAGAAAAUCCCUAUGUUAAUGACAAGUCUGCAAAAAUUCACAGAUUCAAUUCAGCAUCCUCUGUCGAGAAUGAAUACAAUGUGUUGCUGCACGUAUUGAAUGGAUCAAGACCGAAAAUUCCCUUCUCUUCUCCACUGGAAGAAGAAAUUUGGUUGAAAGAAUAUGUUCAACCUUAUCAAAAUGGUUGUUCUUUACCUAAAUUGGUGCAAAUCACAAAUGAAUAUAUCGAGUUAAUGAAAAGAUGUUGGCAGUCAGAACCAGAAUUGAGACCAGAGUUUUCAGAAAUUGUACAGGUUUUGACAAGUGUGGAGAAGCUGUUGUUGUGA